AUGGCAGGAGACACCAAGGAUGAAGGGCUCUGUGCGCGCCAAGCCGCAACAUUGACGUGCCUACCAAGUACCGCGAUCUACGCCAUUCUGGAGACGACCGCGAUUGGGAAGGACGUUGCCGCCUUGCUCACUGCGCUGCCGGUGUCGACGCUGCCUCCCGAGCUCGUUGCGCUCCGAGACCUCGGUGCCGUCGUCGAUCUUGCUCAUCACUGGCCCGUCGUGCGUGUCGCCGAGAUUCCGAUCGAGCAUGCUCACCUCGCCAUUGCUGCGCUGCCUGCAUUCGCCGGUGUCCAUGUGGACGUUGGUUUUGCGGCCCUUGCGUGGCUGGAUGCCAAACUGCCGCCCAUGAAGCCCGUGACGCUCGUCGUGGACCCGUCCGUCCUCGGCAUGCUGAGCGCCUUUGCCUAUGCGUGGGGUGGUCUCGUCACGAACGUCCUUAUCAAUAGCCACGAGGUUCAACCGGAUCCCACUCCCGACAUCCUCGCGCGCUGCGUCAACGUCCAGAAAGUGACGAUCACGGUCUUGAAGCGCGUCACUGCAGCCGCGUACUUGGCAGUACUUCCUACCCGACACUUGCUCGAGAUGACUAUGAAGGCAGCGGGCGCACUGGAUGUCGCCGCCAUCAUCGCGUGGCUGCAAGGACCCAGUGCAAUGUCCCUCGACCUCACGUGCACCUCUGUGAGUGACCCAACGUGGAGAGCGUGCCCAAGACGAUGCGCUGGCUCUCGACCUCGCACUACCUCACAUCGGUCGACUUCAACAACACGGUGCUCGGCAGAGAAGGUGUCUUGGAGCUUGGACGGGCACUACCUCUCUGGAUGGCUUCUGGGCUCGAGACGCUAG